AGACAGACGUUCAGCAACCAGUAUGCGAGUGGCGAGAUAUCUAGCGGUGGCCGUGGCGUACGUGGCUGUGACAGAUGGGCAGUAUAUUGGAUUUGGCGUGCCGGGCCAAGGGUUAGUGGACAGCCUGAACGGUCUCAUCGGUGGAGGGGGUUUCCCGGGAAGCCAUUUCCCAGGCCAGGGAGGGCAUUUCCCAGGUCAAGGAGGGCAUUUCCCAGGCCAGGGAGGGCAUUUCCCAGGUCAAGGAGGACACUUCCCAGGCCAAGGAGGCAACUAUCCCGGCCAAGGAAGCUGCAAAUACUGGUGCAGGUCACCCGAGAAUCAGUACUACUGCUGUGACCAGGGCAACAACCAGGGCCAAGGAAACUAUCCGGGCAGCAAACCAGGUUUCUGCCCCGCUGUGCGGGACGUCUGCCCCCCGACCCGCUUCGGGGUCGGCCGCCCCAUCCAAUGCGCCCACGACGGCCAGUGCUACGCCGCUAACGACAAAUGCUGCUUCGACAGAUGCCUCGGGGAGCACGUGUGCAAGCCCGCUUCCUACUACAACGGCCGCUAGAAGUCGCUCAACAUCGCACUCUCGAGAUACUUGGAGACAGUGGGACCUCUUGUCACUUGCAUGACGUCACUGUGAUUACAGUCAUGUUGAUAACAUAAUCCAGUCUGUGUUCAGCCUCAUACCUGUCAUUAUACUCUGUUAUAAUUUAUUAAACCAUAGAUAUUUA